AUUUGGAACAACAGAUCUGAGCGCAUUAAAGCCAUAUAUAUACACACCCCUUCUUCUUCUAGUUUAGGCAUUAAGGUGUGGAUACAUAAAGUGAAACCGCCAGGAGAGAGAUGUCCGGAAUGAUGCUUCUGCUGCUGCUAUGUCUCUCACUGGGGACAAUUUCAGUCGUGCACUGUGGAGACCCUACCAUAAACUUCGAAUGGAAUGUCACCCAUGGAACCCUCUCUCCACUGGGAGUCCCACAGCAAGUCAUUCUCAUCAAUGGCCAAUUUCCUGGUCCCAACAUUAAUUCCACCACAAACAACAACGUAGUCUUGAACGUGUUCAAUAACCUGGACGAGCCAUUCCUUUUGACAUGGAGUGGUAUCCAGCAGAGGAAGAAUUCAUGGCAAGACGGAACACCUGGAACUAUGUGCCCCAUACCCGCGGGUAAGAACUUCACCUAUCAGUUCCAGGUGAAGGAUCAGAUUGGCAGCUUUAUAUACUAUCCAACAACUGCUAUGCACAGGGCUGGCGGUGCAUUCGGCGGUCUCCGCGUGAAUAGUCGUCUAAUGAUCCCAGUUCCUUAUGAUACUCCGGAGGAUGACUACACUGUCCUCAUCGGGGACUGGUACACCAAAAGCCACAACGCUAUCAAGAAACUACUUGACAGCGGUCGCAGUAUGGCCAGGCCUGACGGUGUCCUCAUCAACGGUAAAGAUGCAAAGGGCGACGGUAAAGACGAGCCCCUCUUCACCAUGAAAGCCGGCAAGACCUACAAGUAUAGGAUUUGCAAUGUAGGUCUUAAGAACACCCUUAACUUUAGGAUCCAAGAACACUGGAUGACGUUAGUGGAGAUGGAGGGCUCCCACACCGUCCAAAAUACGUACCAGUCACUUGAUGUGCAUCUCGGGCAAUGCAUGGCGGUGCUAGUCACAGCUGACAAAGACCCCAAAGACUAUUACAUGGUAGCAUCCACAAGAUUCACCAAAAGCGUGCUCACCGGUAAGGGCAUCAUACGUUAUGAAAAUGGUAAGGGCCCUGCUGACCCCGAGCUCCCUGAGGCCCCAGAAGGAUGGGCAUGGUCUCUUAACCAGUUCCGCUCCUUCCGUUGGAAUCUCACUGCUAGUGCUGCUAGACCUAAUCCUCAGGGCUCCUACCACUACGGAAAGAUUAACAUCAGUCGCACCAUCAGACUCGCCAACGCCGCAUCCAAGGUGGAUGGCAAGCUACGCUACUCUAUAAACGGAGUCUCCCAUGUGGACCCUGAAACCCCACUCAAGCUUGCUGAAUACUAUGGAGUGGGUGACAAGGUGUUCAAGACUGACACCAUCAAGGAUGAACCCCCAGAGGACGAGACCAAGGUAGAGGUCCAUCCCAAUGUUGUGAAUCAAACCCACAGAGACUUUGUGGAGAUUAUCUUUGAGAACCACGAGAAGAGCCUCCAGACAUGGCACGUGUCGGGAUACGCCAUCUUUGCCGUCGCCAUCGAGCCAGGGAGAUGGGACCCAGAAAAAAGGAAAAACUACAACCUUCUUGACGCUGUGAGCAGGCACACAAUCCAAGUGUACCCCAAAUCAUGGGCUGCCAUCAUGACCUCAUUCGACAACCCCGGAAUGUGGAAUAUUAGGUCAGAACAUCCGGAAAGGCGCUACCUAGGGCAACAACUCUAUAUCGCCGUUCCUAAUCCUAGCCGUUCUACAAGGGACGAGUACAAUAUGCCAGACACCGCCCUGGUCUGCGGCAUCGUUAAGGACAUGCCCAAGCCGCCCCCACCUUACGGGAACUAAUUAAUGGAGAUAUUUUAUCACCGUGCCAUGCUGCUUCACACUGAGCUCGAUCGAUAGAGAGCCAGAGGCGUGUGAGUGACUUAGUCGUGAUCAUCGCAGUAUAUGUAUUUAUUGUUGCAGGCAAUUUUAAUUAAGAAGCAAGGAGAGUUAGAAGAAUGGUAAAGAAUAAGAAGGGUUGGAACGACAUAAAGGAUUGUCUAAUCCUCUAGACGUUUUUCUUUUUCAUUUCCUUUUCCUUUUUCCUUUUUGUACUUCAUAUUUUGACUAUAUGUUACGUACUCGAUCUCUUUUAUCCCUC